AUGCUUUCCGACGAGGGUCUAUUGAUCAGCUCUGAACGAUUCUCACCACUGCCCGACAUGUCUACCAUGCGACCCGCACAUUGGAGAGCUAAGGACAUGGAUGCCCCCGUGCCUGACAGCGCCGCAGGUGGCCCGUUGGGUCUGACGGAGAUCCCAGUCAGCUCCUCGACGACUGCAGCUGGGGUCCAACCGCCGCUGGGCUAUGCGAGUGCCCCUCAGGACGUGACGUCUUUCUUGGCACCGGAGACCUACUUAUCAGACCGAGACUCGCCCGUCAGCGAUGCUGUAGGAUCUCUUUACGCUGCCGAAAUGAUGAGACCUAUGUCUACUUCGUCCAUUGACCCUGCUAUCGCUUCCACCUCUGCUUCACCCUUCAUGGAGCCUUACUAUACAUACGGGUCGUCUCAACCCUCGAUGCACCAACCAAUCCAAAGUGUCUCUGGCUAUAAUCACCACCAGAUCAACAAAUGGUGCAUGGAGAGUGACCCAACCGGCGGACUCUACCCGACAAGUCCCCCUUAUCCAGCAAUUAGCCCCCUCGCCUUCCCCUCGACUGAACUCCCUCAAGCUUGCUAUCCAUCUUUCGCCGAAAACAUGACCACCACCGAGCAACAAUGGAUCUCCCCUCUCCCCACCAGCUUCUCAGCAGCCCCAUCAUCUACCUCCUCCACCACCGCCCACACACACGACAGCAACUUCCUCUCCCCAUCUCUCGACUCCUCGUCCGCAAUGAGCACCUCCCCAGCACCCACAAUCCUCUCCGACUUUGAAUCCUCUUCUUCCCGUCACCCAUCCUCACCUCCCUUCAACCCAGCCGACCUCUCACGCUACGGUAUCCCCGCUGGCGACGGGCUCUGGCGAUGCGCCCAUCCGGGUUGUACCUCGCAGGCCUCUUUCCGACGAGGCUGUGAUUUACGCAAGCAUUUCAAUCGUCACCGCAAGCAUCUCUUCUGCCGACACGAGGGUUGUCCGCAGUCCAAGCAGGGUGGGUUCUCGAGUAAGAAGGAUCGUGCUCGCCACGAGGCGAAGCAUAACCCUGGCAUCGUUUGCGAGUGGGACGGGUGCGGGCGGGUCUUCAGCCGUGUGGAUAACAUGAAAGAUCAUGUGCGGCGUAUUCAUCGGCGUGGGGGCAGUCGCUGA